UGGAACAAAAGCAAGAGUGCAGAGUGCAGAGACCGCCGCCCACUGCAGCGAGCCUGGAGACCCAGGGGAGGUGGCCAACCAGUCCCCCCUAGGCUAGAUGGUAGAGCAGGAAGCCGGCGCCCCAGACAGAACCUGUUGCUCAGCCAGGCUUGGCUUCUUCUUUCAACGCGGCUGGGACUCUUUGCCUGAGCAGGUCCACCAUGAGCAAGAAAUGGGACUUCAACUCCUCAGAAAACUGGAAUCACACCUGGAGCAGCAAUGACACACAGCAUUAUUGGUACUCUGAUAUCAACAUCACCUAUGUCAACUAUUAUCUUCACCAGCCUCAAGUGGCAGCAAUCUUUAUUAGUUCCUACUUACUGAUCUUUUUCCUGUGCAUGGUGGGAAACACUGUAGUUUGCUUUAUUGUGAUAAGAAACAAACACAUGCACACUGUCACCAAUUUUUUCAUCUUAAACCUGGCAAUAAGUGAUUUACUGGUUGGAAUAUUCUGCAUGCCUAUCACAUUGCUGGAUAACAUCAUUGCAGGGUGGCCGUUUGGAAGCAGCAUGUGCAAGAUCAGUGGGCUGGUGCAGGGGAUAUCAGUUUCGGGUUCUGUCUUCACCUUGGUUGCCAUAGCUGUGGACAGAUUCCGGUGCGUUAUCUACCCCUUUAAGCCAAAGCUCACCAUCAAGACAGCCUUUGUCACUGUUGUGAUCAUCUGGGGCCUGGCCAUCAUCAUCAUGUCUCCGUCUGCAGUAAUGUUACACGUCCAAGAAGAAAAAUACUACCGUAUAAGACUCGGCUCCCACAAUGAAACCAGCACCGUCUACUGGUGUCGGGAGGAGUGGCCCAAACAGGAAAUGAGGAGGAUCUACACCACUGUGCUGUUUGCCACCAUCUACCUGGCUCCGCUCUCCCUCAUUGUUGUCAUGUAUGCAAGGAUUGGGGCUUCCCUCUUCAAGACUUCAGCACACGGCACAGGCAAGCAGCGCCAGGAGCCGUGGCAUGUGUCCAAGAAGAAGCAGAAGGUCAUUAAGAUGCUGUUGACUGUGGCUCUCCUUUUCAUCCUCUCCUGGCUGCCGCUAUGGACUCUGAUGAUGCUCUCAGAUUACGCUGACCUGUCUCCUAAUACACUGCGUGUCAUCAACAUCUAUGUCUACCCUUUUGCCCACUGGCUCGCCUUUUGCAACAGUAGCGUCAACCCCAUCAUUUAUGGUUUCUUUAAUGAGAAUUUUCGCAGUGGUUUCCAAGACGCACUCCAGAUCUGCCGAAAGAAAACAGCACCCCAGGAAGCCUACGUCCUGAGUGCUAAAAGCAACAUGGUCAUAAACACAUCUGGCCUGCUGGUCCAGGAACCCGCAUCUCAAAAUCCAGGUGGAAAACAUUUGAUGGGUGGAGAAAGGGCUGAAAAUCCCACACAGGAAUUCUUGAUGGAAGGAAUGGGAGAAGGUACUAAUAGUAGUGUAGUUUAGAAAGAGCACAGGGCCCCAGUGCUGCCCAGUCUGCCCAGUACAUGAACUAUUCAGUAACUUUCAUAUUUCCCCCAAAUUUUUCAAAGUCUGAUCAUUCCCAUCUUACCCUGCUUUGGUCUUGGCACUUUUAACUCUUUCUACAGCUGGCGAAAUUGUCUUUCUUAAGUAGAUAGUGAAUUUGUUCUCCAGUGUGAAAUGCUCCUGGAAGCUCCUUUAAACCAUGUACAAACCCCAGGCUAGCCAAGGCCAGCCCCAUAUCUGCUCUUUCUAUCUCUGACAAAAAUUAUUUUCUAAACUCUUAUGAAACUAAGAUGCUCUGCCUUGAUUGUUGGUGCUUUUUACUUACUAUUUUUUUUCUUUUUCAACUUUCUAUGUUACUAUUCUUUAACAUCUGUUCAAAAGAGUCUCCUCCAGAAGCCUGUCUACAUUCCUAGGGUAGAGAACUCCACCAUAAUUCCAGCAUGUCCAUCACAUACAGAUAAGAGGCUUUGCUUUUAAUGAACUGGAGCAACAGAGGGAAGGUUGGAGGACACUAAAACAUCGAAACAUUUGUACUAAGCAUUUGGAUUAUGGAAUCAUAGAAAACUGAACACCUGCUAGGGUAAGACUUUGGGCAGAUGUAUUUUCCAUAGCUACAUUUUCUCAUUUGCAAGACUAGAAUCAAGGUGGUUUUGUGCAUUUGCUAUUCUGUGAAUAUCACGUGAUGGGAGAGACAAACCUGUAAGAUGAAAAGCAGAGCAAUCAGCAUUUAGUGUGAGGAAACGACAUUUUGAUUGGGCUGUAGUUACAAUGACAGAAUAAAAUAAUAAUCUUAACACCAUGUAAAGCAAUUUUCAAAAUGUUCCUUAAGCCCCACAGAAGUACUCUGAAGUAUAUGCUAUCCCCAUUUUUUAAAGAGCAGAACCAAGUGCAUAGUGGCUGGUUUUCCCAAUUUUUUUAAUGCAUUAUCUUGAAUAUCUGUGGGAGGGUUAUGCACAUAGGUGACUGCAUGGAGACCAGAGCAGGGUGUCAAAUUCCCUGAAGUUUUAGUUAAUAUGUGCUUUUGAAUCACCUGAUGUGGGCGAUGGAAACCAAACGGGUUCACUGGAAGAAUAGCAAGUGUUCUUAACAGCCCGUGGACCUAAA